AUGGACAUCCUAGAGAUACAAAAAUGGGCCUUUAUGCCUAAUCUUCCGGAUAACAUAGCGCCGAUCCGAGAGUUGCUCAUCCGGUAUAGCAAAAUCCCAGCCGACGAGAUUGAGCCUCAUCUCAUCAAGAUACGAGAAGCGGCUUGGGCGAGUUCGCGAAUGCCCUUUAUUGGGCGAUGGAAGUUCUUAAUAAUACACGAUGCCAACGACUCUCGCUAUCAGCAGGCUCUUUUCCGCCUCAGACUAUCUCAAUCUCGAGACGCCCUGCUAGACCUGGGCUGUGGGCUUGGGCAAGCUCUUCGCCAAUUCCGAGACGACGGCGUUGAUGGAUCACGAUUAUUCGGGCUCGACUGCAGUGCUCACAUGGUGUCAUCAGGCUAUGAUCUCUUCCAAGAUAGGAACAGCCUGGGCGCCCAUUUUACCGUGGGAGACUUGACCGACCCCGACGAUCUAAGCUUGGAGGAACUCAACGGCCAGAUCAGCAUCAUUCACGCCGGAAGCUUCUUCCACCUAUUUAGCUGGAAACAGCAGUUGUACAUCGGUAAACGCCUCGUCGACUUUCUGCAGCCGGGAAUACGCAACGCAUUUAUAUACGGCCGCCAUGCUGGCGUCACCACCACUCGCGAGGUUGAGAAGAACGAUUCCUCGCCCUAUCUUCACAACCAGGAAAGCUUCCAGCGUCUCUGGGACGAGGUGGGAGAAUUAACAAGAACCAAAUGGAAGGUAGAGGUAGAGGCGGUGGGAGAAGCGGUCGCCUGGCUCCCAGGGAAUCCAAAGGGCGCACAUCCAGUCAAUUUCACGAUAUACCAAGUUCCUAGAAUUGAAAUAAAAAAGAGUUGUUUAUAA